AUGACACCAGCAGCACCCGAUCACCAUGACCUUUACAACCCACUUGCAUUCGACUUGCCCGGUGCGAUCCGUCAGUUGUUGCAGGUUAUGUCGUCGACAACCACCGCUACUGCACGCAACGACAAUAACACGACGAUCGACGCCCGAUUACUCGAACGUUAUGUCGACAAUCCAACUCUAGUACCUGGAUCUCAAGUGCUGGACACUUUGUCAGUUUGUCUCCUCCAUUCGGCCUACACGCGCUCCAUGAUCUCACUUUUCCGUCCGAUCGUCCUGGAUCUGGUCGCACGGUGGGCCACACCUGCAUUUCUUAGAGAACCCAACGUUGUAAAUAGGAUAGAACGGGUCGCAAAAGCAUUUAGCAUUGUAUUACCAGCUGUACCUCAGGUCAAAAGCUUGGCUGUAACAUAUUUCAUUAAUUCACCAUCAUUAUUCGAACGUCUGAAUCAUUUACCGCAUAACGUGGAGACCACCGCAUCAGCAACAGCUGGCGACGAACUUCAGGAUCUUUUAUUAACGACAUACCGACUCUUAUCGUUUUCUACAUCUACAUUUGCUCCACUUUGGAAUUGGGGACCCAUGGUGGAACUGUUAAAGUCCCCUAACGAAUGUAUCCGCUAUUUGACAAUUCUCUGCCUGGGCAAAGCCUAUGGCUUGAGCGACCUACAAACACGAACUCUGCUGGGAACGAGCGACGAACCUCUCAUGGCAAUAAUCGAUGGCACAAAAGUCAAUCUACGAAUGCUUCGAUUAUGGGAAGAACAGAAUUUGGCACAACAGCAGCUUAAUCUGACACAGAACAAUUUUACGACGACACAACAAUAUAUCGAGGAUAGCGACUUAUCGUCUCUCACUUGCAAUUUGUGUGGUGUCUUGUUACCGAGAACGGCAGCGAACCAUCGUGAUUCGUUAGUAUACCGGCAGCAACUCAUAUUGACCGAGACGACCACUAGAAAUUUGAAUACCCUCAGUUUGGCCUUGUCGAUUGGCGCUCCUACAUUCUUGGAAGGUGUCACUGGUGCGGGAAAGACAUCUAUUGUGGAGGAAUUGGCAAAUCGAACAGGAAGAGCAGAUCAAUUGAUCAAAAUCCAUCUUGGUGAUCAGACGGAUCCCAAGGUAUUGCUUGGUACAUACGUUUCCACAUCCACGCCCGGAUCAUUCAAAUGGCAACCGGGUGUCUUGACGACAGCUGUACAAGAAGGACGCUGGGUUCUCAUAGAGGACAUUGACCUUGCACCAGCAGAGGUGAUCUCUGUGCUACUUCCUUUACUUGAAACUCGCCAGCUGUUUAUUCCAUCGCGAGGUGAAAAGAUUACGGCAAAAGAAGGAUUCCAGCUUUUUGGUACACGGUCAUUUAUCCCUUCCCGUUCAACAUCCAAGCGAAAGCAUCAACUUGUUACUGGCGCGAAUCUGUGGACCCGGGUGCUCAUUGAACCGUUAUCCAUGGAUGAGUUGGAGACUGUAAUUCGUGAAAAGUUUCGACAUAUUGGCAGCUUUUCAGUCCACGUCAUGCGUCUAUUUCAAGCUGUGAUCAACAUCUACCAAGAUCCCAACUUUGCAACGCUGUCCACCAUGGGCCGCUAUAUCUCGACGCGUGACUUGAUGAAGUGGUGCCAUCGUAUCAAUACGCGACUUAACGUUGAUCUGAACGGACAUACUGGUGGUGAAGCGGCUAUGGAUAUGGCGAUUCGGGAGGAUCUGUUUAGCGAAGCGAUCGAUUGUUUCUGCGGCAUGAUUCCUGACUAUGCUACAUGGGUUACUGUCCUCGAACGUGUAGGCGAGCCAUUGCAACUAUCUGCCGAAUAUGUGCGUAAUUAUGUCGAUCAACGCAAGCCGCCUUUACGCCACUCCGAAAAUAGCCAGGUUGUCAUUGGCCGUGCUGAUUUGUCCUCUAUCGCAGCCGGUGGCAAAACUGUGAAACGAGGACCCAAGCGACCUUUUGCUACUACAGGCCAUGCCCUCCGUCUUCUUGAACGUAUUUCCGUAUGUGUUUUGCUCAACGAACCAACGCUCCUUGUCGGUGAAACUGGUACCGGCAAAACGACCGUGGUGCAGCAGCUAGCAGACAUGCUGAACCAAAAUUUGGUGGUUGUCAAUUUGUCGCAACAGUCAGACAGCUCAGACCUGCUUGGUGGUUUCAAACCUGUCGAAGGCAAGAUUUUGGCGAUGCCAUUAAAAGAAAUGUUGGAGGAUCUGUUCGAACGCACGUUCAAAAUGGAUGAGAAGAAUACCAAGUUUCUUGACACUGUGCGCAAGGCAUUUGUGCGUCAAAAGUGGAAGUAUUUUGUCGCUCUGAUGCAACAUGCUAUCAAGACAUCCCAUGUGCAGUUUAACAAAGAGAACAACGGCGAGUCCAAAAAACAAUCGCCUCCUGAGCUUCGCAAAGCAUGGAAGAUGUUUGAAAAGCAGGUCGCAGAUUUUGAAGUUCAACAAACCCAGGCAGAAAACAACUUUGUAUUUAACUUCAUGGAAGGAUCGCUUGUCAAGGCAGUGCGACGCGGCGACUGGAUUCUCUUGGAUGAAAUCAACUUGGCCACCACCGAGACGCUGGAGUGCCUGUCUGGUCUACUGCAGGAUGCUGAUGGAUCGUUGCUGUUGACGGAAAAGGGUGAUAUCGAGCCUAUCCAACGCCAUCCCAAUUUCCGCCUAUUUGCAUGCAUGAACCCGGCGACUGAUGUUGGAAAGCGCGAUCUGCCUCCCGGUUUGCGCAACCGUUUUACCGAGUUCUACGUCCAUCCACCAGACCAACGCUAUGAAGAUCUGCUGCAGAUAGUACGUCGCUACUUGGGCAAGGUUGCUGUUUCGGACGAGCGGUCAUGCGACGAUGUUGCCGAAUUCUAUCUCGAGGCCAAAAAAUUAUCACAGCAACACCAGCUUGUCGACGGUGCCAAUCAGAAGCCUCACUUCAGUAUGCGUACACUGUCGCGUGCAUUGACCUAUGUUGUGCAGAUUUAUCCAACAUACGGCCUUCGACGCUCUUUGUAUGAAGGCUUUUGCAUGACGUUCUUAACGCAACUCAACAAGGAAAGCGAGGCACUUAUGCGACAGCUGAUUUACAAGACUAUUCUGCGAGGCGUCAAAAACCCUGCACACUUAAUUUCGCAAAUUCCAGCGCAGCCGUCCGAUGACUUUAUUCAAUUUGGCUACUUUUGGCUCGAGCAAGGUCAAUAUCAGCCCGAAGACGAUGGACAUUAUAUCCUGACACAAUCUGUUGAGACGAACCUAUACAAUCUCGCACGUGUCAUCAUGUCGCGCAAGUUCCCUGUUCUAAUCCAAGGUCCCACUUCGGCAGGCAAAACCAGUAUGAUUGAAUUCUUGGCUAAAAAAACCGGCCAUCGAUUCGUGCGUAUUAACAACCACGAGCACACGGAUUUGCAAGAAUACCUGGGUACAUACGUUUCCAACAGCCAAGGCAAACUCGUGUUUCAAGAAGGUGUACUGGUCGAAGCAUUGAGAAACGGCUAUUGGAUUGUACUCGACGAGUUGAAUUUGGCUCCCUCAGACGUCCUCGAAGCGCUCAAUCGCUUGCUCGAUGAUAACCGCGAACUCUUGAUACCCGAGACCCAAGAGGUUGUCAAGCCACACCCGCACUUUAUGCUCUUUGCUACGCAGAAUCCUGCUGGUCUUUAUGGUGGUCGUAAAGCUUUGUCGAGAGCGUUUAGAAACCGCUUUUUGGAGCUUCAUUUUGACGAUAUACCUCAGGAUGAACUCGAAAUGAUUCUCUCGCAACGAUGUCAAAUUGCUCCUUCGUACUGUAAAAAGCUGGUUCAGGUCUACAAAUCGUUGAUGGAGCACCGCAAGAGCUCGCGCUUGUUUGAACAAAAGCACAGUUUCAUAACGCUUCGUGAUCUUUUCCGAUGGGCUGGUCGUGAUCCGAAUGGUUACCAAGAGCUUGCAGAGCACGGUUACAUGCUGCUUGCAGAACGCUGUCGUAAGGAUGAAGAAAAGAAGGUUGUCAAGCAAGUAUUGGAGUCGGUCAUGAAGGUGAAGCUGGACGAGGAUGUUAUGUACGACUGCGAACGUUUAGAAGAAUUUGCCAUCUACGACAAGAUUUUGCGUGACAAGUCAGCGGAUACGAAACUGGUGUGGACCAAGGCUAUGCGUCGUUUAUUCAGUUUGGUGGCUCGAUGCUUGCGUUACAAGGAACCUGUGCUGCUUGUUGGCGAGACAGGAUGUGGUAAAACCACGGUGUGUCAGAUGCUUGCAGAGACAUUCAAUCGCGAACUGCAUAUUGUCAACUGCCAUCAAAACACCGAAACUGGGGACUUGUUGGGCGGUCAACGACCUGUACGUAACCAUGACUCUGAUCAACUCUUUGAGUGGCACGAUGGCCCUUUGGUGCAAGCUUUGCGUGGUGGACAUUUAUUCUUGCUUGACGAAAUAUCCCUGGCUGACGACUCGGUGUUGGAGCGUCUCAACUCUGUUCUUGAACCGAGCCGUCUGUUGGUUUUGGCCGAAAAGGGUGGCAAGCAUGUUGAAGAGUUGAUUGGUCAAGAAGGCUUCCAGUUUUUAGCAACCAUGAACCCUGGUGGUGACUACGGCAAGAAAGAACUUUCGCCAGCAUUGCGCAACCGUUUUACUGAAAUCUGGGUUCCCUCGGUCAUUGACCGUGACGAUUUGACAAUGAUUAUCGAUGAACAGCUCGCAGCGCACCCUGCUUUGAACGGUUACGGUACCAAGAUGCUCGACUUUAUUGGAUGGUUUACACAAUCCUUGGGCCAAACGCGAACUGUUGUCAGCCUGCGUGACAUAUUGUCUUGGGUGCAGUUUAUACAUGCCGGUGUUGUCGAGCGGAACCUUGAUCCAGAUAUGACCUUUGCACACGGUGGCUGCCUAGUGCUUUUGGAUGGUCUUGGUUCUCAUGGUGCUUCUGGCUCAUUUCUCAGCGGCGACACGCUCAAGGACUUUAGACUGAAAUGCUUGCGCCAACUCGCAAGCUGUCCUGAUGCGAAGAACGAGGAAACUGUGCUGGGCGAAACACAAGGGCAAGUGAAUCUUACCGACGAUGAGUUUGCCAUUGGUCCUUUCCUGAUCGAACGUGGUCCGCUUGGCAAAGCCAAUAUCAAGUUUACCUUGCUGGCACCAACUACGUCCAACAAUGCCAUGCGUGUGGCGCGUGCCAUGCAGCUGAAGAAACCUAUUUUACUUGAAGGCAGUCCCGGUGUCGGUAAAACCAGUCUUGUAUCGGCCCUCGCAGCAGCAGCAGGCCAUCGGUUGGUGCGUAUCAACUUGUCUGAGCAAACGGACUUGAUGGAUCUUUUCGGUUCCGAUUUGCCUGUUGAAGGUGGUGACAGCGGUGAGUUUGCUUGGCGUGAUGCACCGUUCCUACAAGCAAUGAAGCAGGGCGACUGGGUUUUGCUCGAUGAAUUGAACUUGGCGUCGCAGUCCGUACUGGAAGGUCUGAAUUCCUGUCUCGAUCACCGUGGUGCCGUCUAUAUUCCCGAAUUGGAUCGUGAAUUCUUUUGCGCUCAAGGAUUCCGCGUGUUUGGUGCUCAGAACCCGCUACAACAAGGUGGUGGUCGUAAGGGCCUGCCAAAAUCGUUUGUCAAUCGCUUCACGCAAGUCUAUGUCGAGCACUUGACCGCAGACGACUUGCUAUUUAUUUGUGGACAUCUAUUCCCUCAAUUCGACGCACAAACCUUGAAGCAGAUGAUCGAGUUUAAUACCCAUAUGUAUGAGGAGACCAUGGUACGCUGCCGUUUUGGACGCAAGGGUAGCCCUUGGGAGUUUAACUUGCGUGACGUUUUCCGCUGGCUCGAAUUGAUGCAAAAGGAUAGCGCAAGUGAUCCAUCCGAGUAUUUGGAGACGAUCUACUUGCAACGUAUGCGUACGUGUGAAGAUCGUGUCAAGGUCAUUGAAUUGUACGAACAUGUGUUUGGCACCAAGUACACGCGAACUGCCAAUCCAGCAUACCACGUCUCGCCUGGUCAAUUGGUAGUGGGUCACUCCCGUUUGCCUCGCCUGGCACAAAAAUCAACUCCCGAACUGGACGAGCAUCUGCUGCACACCUUCUUGGCACCACUUGAAGCCUUGAUGAAAUGUGUCGAAUCCGGAUGGAUGGCUAUCGUCACUGGCCCCUCGGCGUCGGGCAAAACAUCGCUUGUACGUCUACUGAGCCGACUUACGGGCAACAGACUGCAAGAAUUUGCCAUGAAUAACAGCGUGGAUACAAUGGAGUUAUUGGGUGGUUUUGAACAAGUUGAUCUGAACCGACAUCGACAAGUGGUGAUGGAUGCUUUGGAACGUGUUACCAGCCGAUUGACCCGCGCUUUACUGAUGGCACAAUCGACAAACCAACAACCAGAGUUACUGCAACACGUUCGUCAGCUCAACGAUGCUUGGUUCACACUCAAAACACAGCAACGCAUGUCUCAACAAUCUGACAACAGCCAGCAACAGCAACAACUGGACUAUGCCUUGUUGGAGAGUAUCGUCGAACAGCUGAACCAAGCUGCGCUACGUGUAGACACAGAUGCUUUGGUUGAAAUUACUGCAAUGGUGGAAGCCGCCCAGAAUUUGCAGCAGCUUGAAAAGAGCAGCGUUGCCGGCAAGUUCGAAUGGAUCGAUGGUUUGUUGAUUCAUGCACUGGAACAAGGCCAUUGGCUUUUGAUUGACAAUGCCAACUUGUGUAACCCUUCCGUUUUGGAUCGUUUGAAUCCGCUUUUUGAAAAUGACGGUGUUUUGAUGGUAAACGAACGUGGAUUGAUCGAUGGACAAGUCAAGGUGAUCAAGCCACAUCCAAACUUCCGUAUGUUUAUGACGGUUGAUCCCAACAACGGCGAACUCUCUCGUGCCAUGCGAAAUCGCGGUAUUGAAAUUUCUUUGGUGGAUGCCAACUGGAACACGACCGAUGUCCAAGACGCAACUAAGCUGGUCAACAGUUUGGGUCUGCGAGGUGCACGCAUGCCAGUAUUGCUGAACGAACUACAAGCAACUGCCAACGCCGCCCUGCGUAACAAGGGAUCUGUACGCGACUAUUUGAUGCUGGCAACCUACGUCGUUGAACGUCUGCAGCGUGGUCAGUCUCUCAAGGAUGCCAUUCAGGCCUCGUACCAUCACGUGUUUAUGGAGGAUGCACCGGAUAUGGACAUGCCAGAUCUGCUGGAGCAGGCCUUGUCGCCAACCAACUGCCCUUACUUCAUCGGCGGUGCUAUGGUUGAUCAAGACUCUAGCUUGGCCACUGUUUCCGUUCAAGGCGCCUGCCUACUGUACCUGUUGCAACAACCAGAACAAGACGAGCAUCGUGUUGAGGUUGCCAUGGAUUACUUUUUGGAAAGCUUGUUGAGUGAAGAUGCUAACCUGCGCUUGCAUUGGCUCGCCUAUAUUGCUGAACAUGCUUCGGUAUCGAACACGACUGCCAUUGAUCGUGUGAUGCAUCUUUUGAAAACUGUGUGCAAGGAUCAAGUAUUCCAUGACUACUCACAUAAAACUAACAGUCUGCCCUUUUAUUCUAUUAAGAAUCUGCAAAAAGCGUAUUCGUUGGUGAUUCGUUUGUGCAAGUAUGAGCACGCAGUCAAGACAGUCCAGAAAGCAACCAUGCGACUCAAGUUGGGCAGCAUGACGGCUUUGCAACAAUCCUACAGCUUCCAUGAUGGUCGAUUGACUGAAGCACAACUAUUACAUCCAAUCGUGAAAAAGGUCUCUUCAUUCUUUACGACAGUCGACUAUGCCAUGUCACAAUGGCUCUCAAGCAAGGCUUAUCAAACAUGCCACAUUGAUUUGUUCGAUCGCUUGCAGCAAAUUCUCGAUACACGCGAUUUUGCCUGGCGCAUUGCGGAUAGCCGUCCUCUCAGUCUUGAUAAUUACUUGAAUAACUUACGUCUAGUUCAGGCACUGGUUAAUGACUUGGAUUUUGCAAAGAUCAUUUCAGAUGUCGUUGAUGAUACAAUGGCUGGAUUUGAUUUUGAGACUUGUCGCUCUAUGAAAGCAUUGUGGCAGUACUUUGCUCCUGCCACGCUGGCGUCGCAGUCUUUAUUUGAUGUCGAACAAGAGUUACACAGCAUUAGCACGCAGAUGGAUUCAUAUCAACAUUCAGGUAAGGGGAAAAACAUUAAUGCAAGUCUAUCUGUCUCCUAUAACAUAACACUUUAA